AUGAAAGGUCUUGUUCCCAAAGAUGGCUCAUACAAGUUCCAUUGUUUAUGGCCAAAGACGUCGGAAAACUGUUUGCCACUAGUAAGGUCCUUCUACACACAACUCAGCAGGGGUGGGUAUCCUCUUUUCUCUAAUGGAGAGCACUGGGCAGAUAUCAAGCAGGUCAUUUUCCUUGAUCCACAUUUCCGAAAAAAAGUCCAGAUUGGAGAGGCUGCAAAUAAGGUUCUUAAAAUGUGUCACAGAGGAAGAGAAAUAGUCGUAGACCUACCUUCCGAUAUUUUGCAUGCUUUUGAAAAGUUUGGCCAGGAGGAAGUAAUCAAUGCCAGAAGAUAUCGCAAGAACAGAUUUUUUCGGGAAGUUCUCUUUCCAAACCUUCACAUCCUUCCGGAGAAUCUUAGAGAUGUCCUCAUUCUACAUGCAUUAGAUGACAAAAGUGAGGAGUUCCAUGACUUGCUAAGGCUGCACCCUUGUGUUCCAUCUUCACCAACUGGCAAUGUCUUGAAUACUCCAAGCUCCUUCGUGCAUCCCUACGGAGAAGCAGCCUCACUAUUUUCCUCUGAAGAUGGUAGAUUUCCAUAUAGGACUAAGGAAUCGUAUGUUCACCCACAAAGGUUGGCGAAGCUUGUACAACUGGGAAUGUUAUCGAAUGAUCUUCCUUGCAUUGGUGCGAUCUUUUAG